CCCACCACUCCCACGGGCACAUCCCUCCACCUCAAUUUCCACCACAAUUAUUGGGAAUUCGAGCCUCCGAAAUUUCUAUUCCCCCAUCGACUUUUUCUUCUCCUUCCUUCAUUCCGCCUGAAUUCUCUUUGUUUGACGCACGAUUAUGAUACCCUUAUGCGGCAGCGGCUGCUCAUUGCGUCUGGGGAUGGGCCUUAUGGCUCAGGGUCCGUCAUCGGCAAUGCGUGGCCUGCACUCAACGGCUUCCUGCACGCUUCGAGCUUCCGGCCAUUUUUUUCGUCCUCCAACUCGAUCUCCCCCACCAUUACGCCCCAAGCAGCCAGGCAGCUCAGGGGAGCCAGCUCUACACCACCACCACCACCACACCGCCAACCACUGCCAGCAGCAGCGGAUUUAUAUAAUGGCUCCCCCCCACCCCAAAACUUCUACCACCUUCUGCCCCUCCAUAACAUAUUCGCUCCCUCCACCGCUCUCACCAAUGUCUCCGGCGCUGACUUCCGUCCGUACCUUCUCCACAAAGGCCGUUGACCACAGUAGCUCUGCCUCGGGCUCGCCGCCCCCGAACAUGACUGCCAACGCUGCCACCUCAAAAAAAUUCACCUACCAGAUUUCCGCCGCUUACUCUGCUAAGCAGAAGAGGUUCAGCCCGACGAACAAUGUGUUCCAUUAUAAUCCUUACAACAGGGUUCACGACACUGCGAAGAGAAAGUCUCGUCCGGAUGCUGGGCAGGACGCAUUUUUUGUGUCUAGGAUAAACGACACCGGAGCUGUCGCAGCCGGAGUGGUGAGAAACACUGCUCUUUUUUUUUUUUUUUUCAUUCCGUUUCCUCUCACCCCCCUCUCCCUCUCUCCAGUUCUCCUCCCUUCUUCCUAGGACCCCGGAUCGUGGUACUUGUGUGAGGAAUGGCGGUGAGAAAGGGAGAGAGACUGGUUGGCGGUAAUUAAAAUGAGAUUAAAGGGCUCAAGCUAAUCCGUUUUUCCAAUGCGCGGCAAUAUCUAGGCAGAUGGGGUUGGUGGUUACAUUGAAUCCGGAAUCGACUCUGCCGACUUCUCUCAUACCUUGUGCGAACGUAUCGCCACAGCAGCGCACCAGUCUCCUACGGACAAUAUUAACGCAAAAUACUUGAUGUCGAUCGGGUAUCAGAAGAUAUUGGAGGAAGAUGCGAUCGCGGGCGGAGCAUCGACCGCAUGCGUUGGUGUAGCGAAGGCGGAUGGUCAGCUGAGUGUCGCAAAGUGAGUACGGCUUAGUACCAGUCACAACAGUGGCUCCAUUUUCGUUUACUCUUCCCUUGGUUACCUUCCCCCCCCCCCCCCCCCCUUCUUGCAUGUUUCCGAUUAUUGGGACCUAACUGGGACCCGGCUGACAAAACCCACCAAAUCCCAGUUUGGGCGAUUCCGGAUUUUUAAUUAUCCGACAGGGGAAGGUCCAUUAUGUAUCAUCCCCGCAGACCCACGACUUCAACACACCCUACCAACUCGCAAUGAUUCCGAAGAAACUCCUAGUCCAGUCAAAGCAGUACGGUGGCGGCCCUUUGUCCGACCAACCCUCGGAUGCCUCCGUCUCCUCGCACUCUCUCCGCAACGGCGAUGUUGUGGUGUUCGCUACGGAUGGUGUCUGGGAUAACCUUUCUAGCCAAGAAAUCCUAAGGAUAGUGUCAGACGAGAUGGUCACGGGUAAGGGGUGGAUCGUCGGUGGGGAGGCCGGCACUGUCCCGUCCCCGCAAUUGGAGAACCUUACGAGUUUCACGGAGGGGCAGGGAUUACAGGCUGCAGUCGCAAAGGCGGUGGCUGCGAGGGCCAAGUCGGCGUCUAUCAACAUGAAGGUUGAUGGGCCGUUUGCAAGGGAGGUGCAGAAGCGGUUCCCGUCCGAGAACUUUCAUGGUGGGAAGAAGGACGACAUUUGUGUGGUGUGCAUGGUAGUGGUUGAGGUUAGUUGGACAUUUCGGUCCAUUACCCUCUCCAACUUUCCUUGAUUUGUGUUCCCGUCCCCUCUUUGCAUUUUCCCUCCUGUCUCCCUCCCUGGAUGGCUUGCGAAAGUAGUAUACUGACUGACUCGACUGUAUGAAUGAACAGACAGGAACGGACCAGCCGCCUCGUGGAAAACUCUAGCCAUCGCUUCCACGACCUCUGAGUUGAGUUGAGCUCACACGAUUACGAAUUGUCUUUUUCCUUCUCUUACUUUAUAUUUCCCUUUUGUUUCUUCCCCAUCUCCCUUCUGUCUGGAUGAAGACGCCUUACAUGAGGAAUUAGUUUUUAGACAAAAGUUAUCUUUUUUUUUUUUCUUCACCUUCUCUUUUGUCAAAAACGGUACACGGAGUUACAACAAAACAUGGCAUUAUAACAUAGCAUUUAAUUAUUCCCCACACAAGAGGAUUUUCGAUUGUCACCUUUUUUCUUCCUGUCUUACUUUAUGUUACCUUACCUUACUUUGCCCCCUCUGUUCGGGGAAUGUGGAUAUAGAUAGGUCAAGUCAGGCUACUGCUAAUAAGAGUUUUCCCUGCUAUUAUCAUUGCUAUUAGAAGUGGUGCUGCCAGUGGUUGCUUUAGACCCUCUUUUAUAUUAUAUAUAUAUAUAUAUAUAUUCAUCAUACUAUAUACAUGACAUUAUCAUCAUUAUUACGUUUUCCAUUUAUUCCCACACCUUUCAAUUUCCACGCCACACGGCGGGGCACCAGUAGAAUGGGACGGGAAUAUCCCUACCAUGUCGAGUACCCAGAGUAUCAUAACCCCCACACAUCCACCACCGCCACAAGUUAAAUACAUAUAAUCCACCCACUCAUCCAACAUUACUUACAUCCCCCAACCCGGUACCAGAACUACAAUGAGCUUCAACUCACUCACCAUUCCCACCACCGGAGUGGGGGGGAACCUUUUGGUGGGGUAAGGCAAAGUCAGUUAGAAACCCGGGUACCGAUUACUACCGUAUUCCCGAGUGUGGAGCGUAGACAGCAUCAUAUGGGAAGGGGGGGGGGGGCGGUGAUCCAGGUAUCGGAGGUUUAUGUCGUGGGGGGCGAGUGAGAGAUUGUGAUUUCAUCAAGUAUCACUCGAUGGCUGGAUGGAUGGUGUUCCGACCGGGUGAGAGGGGGGAGUAUGUGGGAAGCUUGGGAUAUGGUGCGAGGAUCGAGUCGACGAGAUUCUGUCUAUGCACAGUAUGUGGUGGGGCGAGUCAUCACCGGGAGAAUCGGGCGUUGCUGUGAGUGAGCCGGGAUUCGCCAACAGAAAUUGUCGGUGAAUGGUGCCGAGUUUGGAGUCCACAACCAUCAAAUAUACACCGUUCCCCAAAAGAACUGUUGCCCCAGGUGCCGCAGCGUACAACAUGGUAUCGGCCGGCCUGCAAAGUAAAAUUUACU